UGAGAAGCUCGAGCGCGGCCGAGCAGGAGAGAGUGGCAGUGAAUGUGUCUGCGGCAGCGUUUAGCGUUAAAAAACAAAAACCACGGCUGAAGGAGAGAGGACCAAACCCCGCUGCAGUCAGAGACGACCUCGGCAGACCAUGGACUAUGAUAAAUUUUAAACAGAGGCUGGUAACGGCGGGCUGUUUUGACGACAAGCGGUUUAUUGAACAUCUGUAGACCAUAAUGAGGGCAUCCGCUAUUCUUUACGGUGGUUUUUCCUCCGAGGUUUAGUUAGACGCAGAGUGACACUAUUUAUAAAUGCGUCGCUUUUAGACAUCCUCGCAAGGAAUAGACACACCGAGGGGACACAGCCUGCAGAAAUUUAGUUAAUUCCCUCCUCCCAUGGCCCCUGGGGAACAGUGAAGUCAUUUGAGAAGUCACCGGAGAAGAAGACACGUCUUAAUCAUCUCGAUAGUUUUACACAGUUUUGCGAGGAAAACAGGCUCUCCCCGUCCUCCCAUCGGCUCGCGGUCGCACCAGACUCCCACUGCUUUUUCUCUGUUUUUGAAUCUUACAUGGUUUUGUCCUUCUGAGCAUUCAUCGCCAACCCUCCCGUGGGCAUUUUCCCCGUUAAAGGAUGCCGGAUCAAAUAUCGGUGUCCGAGUUUCUCUCGGAGACAACAGAGGAUUACAAUUCCCCGACAACAUCCAGCUUCACCACCCGACUGCAGAGCUGCAGGAACACAGUCAAUGUGCUGGAGGAGGCGUUGGACCAGGACCGAACCUCCCUGCAGAAGGUCAAGAAAUCAGUGAAGGCCAUUUACAGUUCAGGACAAGACCACGUCCAGAAUGAAGAGAACUACGCUCAGGCUCUGGACAAAUUUGGCAGCAACUUCAUCAGCCGGGACAACCCCGACCUGGGAACGGCCUUCGUCAAGUUCUCCUCCCUCACCAAGGAGCUGUCUGCCCUGCUGAAGAAUCUGCUCCAGAGCCUCAGCCACAAUGUGAUCUUCACUCUGGACUCGCUGCUGAAGGGCGAUUUGAAAGGCGUGAAAGGGGACAUAAAGAAGCCCUUUGACAAAGCAUGGAAAGACUACGAGGCCAAGUUUACAAAGAUCGAGAAGGAGAAGCGAGAGCACGCCAAGCAGCACGGAAUGAUCCGCACUGAGAUCACCGGGGCUGAGAUCGCAGAGGAGAUGGAGAAGGAACGGCGUCUCUUCCAGCUCCAGAUGUGUGAGUACCUGAUCAAAGUAAAUGAGAUCAAGACCAAGAAAGGAGUGGACCUCCUCCAGAACCUGAUUAAGUAUUACCACGCACAGUGCAAUUUCUUCCAAGAUGGCUUGAAGACAGCGGAUAAGCUGAAGCAGUACAUUGAGAAGCUGGCAGCUGAUCUCUACAAUAUCAAACAAACUCAGGAUGAGGAGAAGAAGCAGCUGACUGCCCUGCGGGAUCUGAUCAAGUCCUCCCUUCAGCUGGACCAGAAGGAGUCUAGAAGAGACUCGCAGAGUAAGCAGGGCGGCUACAGCAUGCACCAGCUGCAGGGAAACAAGGAGUUUGGCAGUGAGAAGAAAGGCUACCUGCUGAAGAAGAGUGAUGGGCUGAGGAAGGUGUGGCAGAGGAGGCAGUGCUCAGUGAAGGCGGGCAUGCUCACCAUCUCUCAUGCCACAUCCAACAGGCAGCCAGUCAAGCUCAACCUGCUCACCUGCCAGGUCAAGCCGAGUACCGAGGACAGGAAGUGCUUUGAUCUCAUUUCUCAUAACCGGACAUAUCAUUUCCAGGCUGAAGAUGAACAAGAGUUUGUCAUCUGGAUCUCGGUGCUGACCAACAGUAAGGAGGAGGCCUUGAACAUGGCGUUCCGUGGCGAGCAGAGCAGCGGAGGCGAGGAUGGUUUAGAGGAUCUGACUAAAGCCAUCAUAGAAGACGUGCUGCGCAUGCCAGGCAACGAACUCUGCUGCGACUGCGGGGCUGCAGAUCCUAAGUGGCUUUCCACCAACCUGGGCAUCCUGACCUGCAUCGAGUGCUCUGGUAUCCACAGAGAGAUGGGGGUCCACAUCUCCCGCAUCCAGUCCAUGGAGCUCGACAAGCUAGGGACCUCAGAACUCUUGCUGGCCAAGAAUGUAGGGAACAGUAGUUUCAAUGAGAUCAUGGAGGGAAACCUCCCGUCCCCUUCACCAAAGCCCACUCCAUCCAGUGACAUGACGGUGAGGAAGGAGUUCAUCAACGCUAAAUAUGUGGACCACAAGUAUGCGAGGAAGACAUGCACGUCUGCGGCAGCUAAAAUGAUCGAGCUGUUUGAGGCGGUUCAGUCCAGGGAUCUGCUGUCUCUCAUCCAGGUCUAUGCAGAGGGGGUUGAACUUAUGGAGCCGCUCCCAGAGGUUGGACCGGAAUCCGGAGAGACAGCACUGCACUACUCUGUACGGACUGCUGACCAGACCUCACUGCACUUAGUGGACUUCCUCGUGCAGAACAGCGGUAACCUGGAUAAGCAGACGGAGUGGGGGAACACCGCCCUGCAUUACUGCAGCAUGUACGAGAAGCCCGAGUGCCUCAAGUUACUCCUGAGGGGCAAGCCGGCGACUGAUAUUACCAAUCAGAACGGAGAGACGGCGCUAGAUGUUGCCAGGCGACUGAGGAACACUCAGUGUGAGGAGGCACUCGUGCAGGCUGCAGAGGGCAAGUUCAACCCUCACAUCCAUGUGGAGUACGAGUGGAGCCUCAGACUGGAGGAGAUGGACGAGAGCGAUGACGACCUCGACGAUAAGCCCAGUCCCAUCAAGAAGGACCGCUCCCCGAGGCCUCAGAGCUUCUGCCACUCCUCCAGCCUCUCCCCUCACGACAAGCUCUCCCUGCCGGGCUUCAUCAGCCAACGGGACAAACAGCAGCGUCUGUCCUACAGCGCCUUCACCAACCAGAUGUACAGCGCCUCCACUGACCUCACCUCCUCCCCUGUGGCAGACGGGCCGCCGCUGCCACCCAGGAACCAGGGCAAAGCUCCUCCCCCAUCUGGCCCUCCCUCUACACUCACACCAGGAGGCAGCUCCACCCUGUCCAAGAAGAGACCUCCGCCCCCACCUCCUGGACACAAACGCACCCUGUCUGACCCACCCAGCCCGCUCUCUCACAGUCCACACAGUAAAGGGGGCUUGACUGGGGGAAGCGACUCCACCCCUCCUCCUGUCAGCAAGAUGUCUCCUGUUUCUAACAAGUUUGAAGGAAUUCCUCAGCAGCAAAGCACUACUUCAAGCAACACAAAGUCUACACUUGGUCCAAGGGUUCUUCCCAAACUACCUCAGAAAGUGGCAUUGCGGAAGAUUGACACCAUACACCACCCGUCUAUGGAUAAGUCCAGCCAGCCUCCAGAGGUCUUCCAGAAGUCCCCGCCAGCAACCGACACUCCACAGAAGGCUCCACUGGCAGACAGGCCUCAGCUGGGAGACCUGCCCCCCAAACCGCAGCCGUCUGAACUUCCUCCUAAACCUGGAGAACUUCCUCCGAAGCCACAGCUCUCGGACCUUCCUCCUAAACCUCAGCUGGGAGACCUCCCGCCCAAACCCCAGCUCAAAGACCUGCCUCCCAAGCCUCAUCUCGCAGACAUCCCCCCGAAACCUGGAACAGCUGAGUCCGCUCCCAGGCCGCCUCCCGGAGAGGUGCAAAGGCCUCAAACGCAACCCCCACCUCCACCUCAAACUCAGCCUCAACCUCAGACGCAGCCUCAGCCUCAACCGCAGCCUCAGCCUCAGUCUCAGCCUCAGCCUCAAGACUCACCGUCACCUAAUCAGCAAGCAAAUAUAGGUACUCCCACCCAACAAGCUGCUGAAGACACCAAUGGGACACCAACAGGGACUGCAGAGACACCAAUACCCCUCCCGAGGAAGAUCAACACGGGGAAAAGCAAAGCCCGACGGGUGAAGACGAUCUAUGACUGCCAGGCUGACAAUGACGACGAACUGACUUUUGUUGAAGGAGAAGUGAUUAUAGUUACAGGAGAAGAGGACCAGGAGUGGUGGAUCGGGCACAUUGAAGGAGAUCCAGACAGAAAAGGGGUGUUCCCCAUGUCUUUUGUGCACAUCCUGAGUGACUGACAGCCAGAGAGACUUGCACUACACCUCUCCCUAAAUUGGGAGGUCCUGUAAAUAGCUAUCAUAACACCUCUUGUCACACGACAAGUGUCCUAAAGAAAAAAAAAACAACAAAUCAACAACGAAGAAGAAACCCAAGAAGGCUCAUCUAGCCAUGGAUGCCUCAUCCAUGCUGUACAAAGAAUGUGUGUAUUCUUCCUUUACCAGUAUUAUCUUAACCCUAUAGCACGGCUCAGACGAAGCCACUCUCAAACCCUAGCACUUACCUAAAGUCUAUGUUUAUGCUGUUACUGUGUAUAUAUGUAUGUAAAUAUAUAUAUUUGUGUGUGAGUGUAUAUACAUGUUUUAUUGUACAAAACAUGUACCAUUGCUCUCUCUACCUGUCAGAUUAAGCAUCAGGGCGGUAGACUUUGAAUUUUAUCUGUAUUGAUUUUACUGGCCCUCAUGAAAUUAUCAGCUUAUAUUUCUGGAAAAAGGACAAACAUGAAAAGGAAUGUGAAAUAGGUCAUGUCACUCUUUGUGUCUUGCAUCCCUGUUUACCACCAUAAUUGACUGAAGAGGCUGGAGUCUCCCACUGAUCUUCCCCCGAGCUGAAAACAUUAAAUGUACUCCUUGUUCUUGCUUGCUUUGUGUGUACACGUAUUAUGGUUGUUUUACAGUAUAGAAACCUGCUGCUACUGUGUGGUGGAAUAUCAAAGCCUGUGGUUCACUGUAGGUCACUAAUUUACUCCUUGUUACACUGUUCACUGUGUGUAUGCUCUGUGUGUGAACUCGACGCCAUCUCCACAGUCCUUUGACCUUUUCUGUGCAUGGUGUAACAAUGACUGGAAUUGAGUGGAGUGCUGCGUUCAAGGACGCUCACCUCAGGGUUUGAAGAGCCACUAUUGAGCAGGACUACACAAAAAGAGGUAUCCUGUUGUUAAAGCCACUAUUAAUGACAAGUGCGGGAAACUCAAGAGGACAUCUUAGCAAUAACUUGAUUUUCUGACAGGCUAGAAAUUUCAACCUGUGUUCACAAUUCAGUGUCUUGUUUAAAAAAACAAAAACAAAAAAAAAAAACCUCAUGAGCUUGAAAUUUUUAAGUUUGAGUCAUGUAAUAUCAUUCCAUGUUACUGGAUCCGAUGCGUUUCCAGGUUUGCCUGUGAAGCAGAGAUGUCUUUUAGAAGCACGGUGGACUUUGUAAAAGGCUGGAGAGCCGAUGUAUUUUCACCCAGUCCUCACUGACUUGCAGUUUUACCCAUGUUAAGGAACAAACCCAUCAACCCAUUGUAUCAUUAAAAGUGCUGUACUUCAA